GGUGGUGGUCCGAGGAGACGUCUUCGGAAGCGAGCGAGAGGCUGGGUUGGAGACGAUCGGGCGGGCGCGGACGCGGCUGCGGAGAACGCGGACGCUGGAGAGCGGCACGGCGAGAAGAGUCCGGGCGCGGGCGGAGGAGGAGUUGAGGGAGAAACGAGAGCGACACGUGAUGGUGGUGGGGGUGGAAGAUGCGCCGGAGGCGACGGGGGACGCGCGGGCGCGGCGAGAGGCGGAGGCGAGAGCGCGCGUGGUGGCGGCGGCGUGCGCGGAGAGCGGCGCGGGAGAGAGCGCGAAACUCCGGGGGGCGAUCAUGGCGUUGUUGCACGAGCGCCCGUUGGCGGUGAACGCGGUGCGGGAUAGCGUCGCGCGCGGGUACGCGCUGUUGGGUCGCGAGACGCCGAGUCAGCAACUCGUGAGCUCGUGCGUGAAGCAGGUGGCCAAGCUGUGCCCGCCGGGGCGGUACGAGUUGUUGGGGCACUCGAGGAAGCGCGCGCAGGAGCGUCACGAGACGCUCACGGCGGCGGCGCGAGAUUUGAAGAUUUCCACGCGCGAGAGCGAGGGGAUGACGACGACGACGAUGAAAGUUGCGGAGCCUUCAAAGAGCUCCGCUCGGGCGGAGCGCGCUCCAGACGUCUCCGUGCCGACGCCGCCUCUGCAAGAGCCCCCGCGCGUCCUUCGCGGCGAUAUCACCGUGGAUUUGGGUGACCAGUCGCCAAGUUUAGAUUUAGAGCCGAACGCGCACGUCGUGCCGCGCUCGACGCCGGGGCACACGGAGAUUGAGAUCUCCGAGCGCGUCGCCGGGGACGACGACGACGCGUGGCGUCACCCAGGUCCGCCCCUGGACGUCGACGUUAUCGAGUCUCCGUACGAACUCGAGGCCGUGAAGGCGACCUUCGACGUCAAGUACGCCCUCUACCGCGAUCUUCACUCGCGGCUCACCGCCAACGCCGAGGAGUACGAGCGCGUGCGUCGAAGCAAGGAUCCGCACCGCGCGCUCGAGCGUUUCGCCGCGCUCCGUCGCGCGCGGUACGCCGCCAUGCGCGUCGUCUUCGACGCCCUCCACGACGAGCUCGCCCGCGUCCGUCGCGUCAUCGACGCCCACGACGGACCCUAG